UACAGCAACUGUGGUUACAGCGUGGCCCUGGGGACCAGCGGGUUUACCUGGGAGCAGAUUAACACGUGGGAGAAACCAAUGCUGGACCCCGCGGUCCCCACAGGAUCCUUCAUGAUGGUGAACAGCUCUGGGAGAGCCUCUGGCCAGAAGGCCCACCUUCUCCUGCCGACCCUGAAGGAGAAUGACACCCACUGUAUCGAUUUCCAUUACUACUUCUCCAGCCGUGACAGGUCCAGCCCGGGAGCCUUGAAUGUCUAUGUGAAGGUGAAUGGCGGACCCCAGGGGAACCCUGUCUGGAACGUGUCUGGGGUCGUCACCGAGGGCUGGGUGAAGGCAGAGCUUGCCAUCAGCACCUUCUGGCCACAUUUCUACCAGGUGAUAUUUGAAUCCGUCUCUUUGAAGGGUCAUCCUGGCUACAUCGCUGUGGACGAGGUCCGGGUCCUUGCUCAUCCGUGCAGAAAAGCUCCUCACUUUUUGCGGCUUCAAAAUGUUGAGGUGAAUGUGGGGCAGAACGCCACAUUUCAGUGCAUCGCUGGAGGGAAGUGGUCUCAGCAUGACAAACUGUGGCUCCAGCAAUGGAAUGGCAGGGACACGGCCCUCAUGGUCACCCGCGUGGUCAACCACAGACGCUUCUCGGCCACGGUCAGUGUGGCGGACACUGCCCAGCGGAGCGUGAGCAAGUACCGCUGUGUGAUCCGCUCCGAUGGCGGCUCUGGCGUGUCCAACUAUGCUGAGCUGAUUGUGAAAGAGCCUCCCACACCCAUCGCCCCCCCAGAGCUGCUGGCUGUAGGGGCUACAUACCUGUGGAUCAAGCCGAAUGCCAACUCCAUCAUUGGGGAUGGCCCCAUCAUCCUAAAGGAAGUGGAGUACCGCACCACCACGGGCACCUGGGCUGAGACGCACAUAGUUGACUCUCCCAACUAUAAGCUGUGGCAUCUGGACCCUGAUGUGGAGUAUGAGAUCCGGGUGCUGCUCACACGACCUGGGGAGGGAGGCACGGGACCACCAGGGCCUCCACUCACCACCAGAACCAAAUGUGCAGACCCUGUGCACGGCCCGCAGAACGUGGAGAUUGUGGAUAUCCGUGCCCGGCAGCUGACCCUGCAGUGGGAGCCCUUUGGCUAUGCGGUGACCCGCUGUCACAGCUACAACCUCACUGUGCAGUACCAGUAUGUGUUCAACCAGCAGCAGUACGAGGCCGAAGAGGUCAUCCAGACCUCGUCCCACUAUACGCUGCGUGGCCUGCGCCCCUUCAUGACCAUCCGGCUGCGGCUCCUGCUGUCCAACCCCGAGGGCCGGAUGGAGAGCGAGGAGCUGGUGGUGCAAACAGAGGAGGACGUUCCAGGAGCUGUUCCCUUAGAAUCUAUCCAAGGAGGGCCCUUUGAGGAGAAGAUCUACAUCCAAUGGAAACCUCCCAAUGAGACCAACGGGGUCAUCACACUAUAUGAGAUCAACUACAAGGCUGUUGGCUCCCUGGACCCAAGUGCCGACCUCUCCAGCCAGCGGGGGAAAGUGUUCAAGCUCCGGAAUGAAACCCACCACCUCUUUGUGGGUCUGUACCCGGGGACCACCUACUCCUUCACCAUCAAGGCCAGCACAGCAAAGGGCUUUGGGCCCCCUGUCACCACGAGGAUUGCCACCAAAAUUUCAGCUCCAUCGAUGCCAGAAUAUGACACAGACACACCGCUGAAUGAAACAGACACGACCAUCACGGUGAUGCUGAAGCCUGCUCAGUCACGGGGAGCCCCUGUCAGUGUUUAUCAGCUGGUUGUCAAGGAGGAGCGACUUCAGAAAUCACGGAGGGCAGCUGAUAUCAUUGAGUGCUUUUCGGUGCCUGUGAGCUAUAGGAAUGCCUCCAGCCUUGAUUCUCUACACUACUUUGCUGCUGAAUUGAAGCCUGCCAACCUGCCUGUCACCCAGCCAUUUACCGUGGGUGACAACAAGACAUAUAAUGGAUACUGGAACCCUCCUCUUUCCCCUCUGAAAAGCUACAGCAUCUAUUUCCAGGCACUCAGCAAAGCAAAUGGAGAGACCAAAAUCAACUGUGUUCGCCUGGCCACAAAAGGUGCCUCCACCCAGAAUUCUAACACCGUGGAGCCGGAGAAGCAGGUAGACAACACCGUGAAGAUGGCCGGUGUCAUCGCCGGCCUCCUCAUGUUCAUCAUCAUCCUCCUGGGCGUCAUGCUCACCAUCAAAAGGAGAAGAAAUGCUUAUUCCUACUCCUAUUACUUGAAGCUGGCCAAGAAGCAGAAGGAGACACAGACUGGAGCCCAGAGGGAGAUGGGGCCUGUGGCCUCGGCCGACAAGCCCAACACCAAGCUCAGCGCCAGCCGCAACGAUGAAGGCUUCUCCUCUAGCUCUCAGGACAUCAAUGGAUUCAAUGGCAGCCGUGGGGAGCUGUCCCAGCCCACCCUCACGAUCCAGACUCACCCCUACCGGGCCUGCGACCCCGUGGAGAUGAGCUAUCCCCGGGACCAGUUCCAGCCCGCCAUCCGGGUAGCUGACCUGCUGCAGCACAUCACCCAGAUGAAGAGAGGCCAGGGCUACGGGUUCAAGGAGGAAUAUGAGGCCUUGCCGGAGGGGCAGACGGCUUCGUGGGACACGGCCAAAGAGGAUGAAAACCGCAAUAAGAAUAGAUACGGAAACAUCAUAUCCUAUGACCAUUCCCGUGUGAGGCUGCUGGUGCUGGAUGGAGACCCGCAUUCCGACUACAUCAACGCCAACUACAUUGAUGGGUACCAUCGACCUCGGCACUACAUUGCAACUCAGGGUCCAAUGCAGGAGACCGUCAAGGACUUUUGGAGAAUGAUCUGGCAGGAGAACUCAGCCAGCAUCGUCAUGGUCACAAAUCUCGUGGAAGUGGGCCGGCGCCCAGCGGAACACACUGUGGGAAAUGCCACUGUAGGCCGCGCGGCGUCCCCCGGAAUGGUGAAGUGUGUGCGAUACUGGCCAGACGACACGGAGGUCUACGGCGAUAUUAAAGUCACCCUGAUUGAAACGGAACCCCUGGCGGAAUACGUCAUACGUACCUUCACAGUCCAGAAGAAAGGCUACCAUGAGAUCCGGGAGCUCCGCCUCUUCCACUUCACCAGCUGGCCCGACCACGGCGUCCCCUGCUAUGCCACCGGCCUCCUGGGCUUCGUGCGCCAGGUCAAGUUCCUCAACCCCCCAGAGGCGGGGCCCAUAGUGGUCCACUGCAGUGCUGGGGCCGGGCGGACCGGCUGCUUCAUCGCUAUUGACACCAUGCUCGACAUGGCCGAGAACGAAGGGGUAGUGGACAUCUUCAACUGUGUGCGCGAGCUCCGGGCCCAGAGGGUCAACCUGGUGCAAACGGAGGAGCAGUACGUGUUUGUGCACGAUGCCAUCCUGGAAGCGUGCCUCUGCGGCAACACCGCCAUCCCCGUGUGCGAGUUCCGCUCUCUCUACUACAGCAUCAGCAGGUUGGACCCCCAGACCAACUCCAGCCAGGUCAAAGACGAAUUCCAGACCCUCAAUAUUGUGACUCCCCGUGUCCGGCCAGAGGACUGCAGCAUCGGCCUCCUACCCAGGAACCACGAUAAGAACCGGAGCAUGGACGUCCUGCCUCUGGACCGCUGCCUGCCCUUCCUUAUCUCGGUGGAUGGGGAACCCAGCAACUACGUCAAUGCCGCACUGAUGGAUAGCCACAAGCAGCCUGCCGCCUUCGUGGUCACCCAGCACCCUCUACCCAACACUGUGGCAGACUUCUGGAGGCUGGUGUUCGAUUACAACUGCUCCUCCGUGGUGAUGCUGAAUGAGAUGGACACUGCCCAGCUCUGUAUGCAGUACUGGCCUGAGAAGACCUCCGGGUGCUAUGGGCCCAUCCAGGUGGAGUUUGUGUCCGCAGACAUCGAUGAGGACAUCAUCCACAGAAUAUUCCGCAUCUGUAACAUGGCUCGGCCUCAGGACGGGUACCGCAUAGUCCAGCACCUCCAGUACAUCGGCUGGCCCGCCUACCGUGACACGCCCCCCUCCAAGCGCUCUCUGCUCAAAGUGGUCCGCCGGCUGGAGAAGUGGCAGGAGCAGUAUGACGGGAGGGAGGGACGCACCGUGGUCCACUGCCUAAACGGGGGCGGCCGCAGCGGAACCUUCUGUGCCAUCUGCAGUGUGUGUGAGAUGAUCCAGCAGCAAAACAUCAUUGACGUGUUCCACAUUGUGAAAACACUACGUAACAACAAGUCCAACAUGGUGGAGACCCUGGAACAGUAUAAAUUUGUAUACGAAGUGGCACUGGAAUAUUUAAGCUCCUUUUAGCCCACUGGGACGGGGAACCUGCCAGAGCCCAGAGGCUGCUGCAGCCAAACCCCCUUUCCUGUGAAUGGCAGUGACUGGGCUCAGGGGCUACGAGGCGGCCCAACUCCAAGGAGAAGACUGGUGGUCCCGUGUUCCGUGGUGGGCCCUGCACCUUCUGAGGGGUCUCCUGCAGCUGUGUGGGUGCUGCUCCCAAAGGCCCAGGCUUCCCUUCCACAUCCAACCAGCCACAGCCACAGCCAUGUGCACGUGCACCCAUGGCAAGGCCCUGGAUUUUUUGGUUCCCAGACCUCUUGCUUUCGUUCUUUUCAAGUUUGUGAAUCUCAUGGCAAGCCGACUGUGUUGAGUGUUGGGAAGUGACAACUUCAGCAGCACCUCCCCGCCUCACUUGUCCUUGAGAGUAUAGGAGAUGUAUGUUCUGUACCUCCAUGCCGUCACGGAAAUGAUGGGGUUCUUGGAGGGGGGCGGUUCCUGCUCAGCUGCCUGCUUAGGCUCCUUCAGGGAUCUUUGGCACUGGACACCUGCCGGUCUGGAUCAGUGUGACCCUGGGAUGCUCCUGAGACCACAGCAGAGGCCCCCGUUCUCACACAUAACCUGCAUGGGGCCUGGCCCGAUACCAUUUUGAACCUCCCCCUCCCUCCCCCAGCCUUGGCCUUGACCUGUCAUUCGCCAGCCAGCCAGCCCGUUGUGUCCACAACCCUUUGAUAAAGGUUCUCUUUGCUUUUUUGUAAUCACUGGGAGGGGGAACGUGGAACGUUGCUGCUCUUCCCUGUUUUGUGAAAAGGAGCCAUCUCUCAGGGGCAGGGCUCUGGCUGACCUCGUGUCUCUUGGGUGGUGGCUUCCUUUAGGAGAGAGGAGAUUUGGUUAUUUUCCAAAGUGUAUAGGAAAAAAAUUUCUUUGGCCAUGUAAAAUCUUAGUCUCACGUCAGAGUAAAAGGGGGAGAGAAGUUUGGAUGUGUAACUAUAAGACAAAUCUCUAAGGCCUGUAAUCUUUCCUGGCAAUGUCCUUAAAAGAUCCCACACUAGGAUAGCACUGCCACUGAGCAAGGGCGACAGGCUAGUUGGAAGAUGGUCCCUUCAGAUGGGGCAGAAGGAUACCAGCUUUGUGCACAAUCUUGGAUCUCCAAAUCUGAAUUCCUUCCUAGAGAAACCCCUAGCUGCCAUCUUGAAAAAGGCCAUCAUGGACCCAGUCAUUCUUUAGUUUAAAGUAGGCCAAGGAGAUCACACCCCAGGGGUCGAGAUCUUGUCCAAAGUGUGGGUGAGUCAGUGACACGGAAGCGAUAUUUGCUGAGCAUCUACUGUGCAGCGGGUUUGGCACUUUCCUUAUGACAUCUCACGUGGUCCUGGAACCCCGAUGAGAGAACUACUAGCCUGUGAUCUCCACCUCACAAUUGAGGAAACGGAGGCAUCUUCCUCCUUGAUGAAAUUCUGGGUUCCAGAAAGGCACGUUAUGGGUGAUAAGACUUCUUUGUACUGUUUUCUGCAUCUUUUGCAGCAAAGCGGUUAUUUUAUGGAGGGAAAAUAAGGCCAGAAAUUUCUGAGCAAAGCAUUCUACAGUGGAGUUCUUUCUUUCUGAUGCAAGUUCUUCUGGGAAGCCCAGUAUCUCAGAUAUAUUUUAGUAACUCCUUCCCAGCUCCCCAGGAAAGCUAACCGCAUCUAAUUUCUAAGCCAGUGAAACAGUUGCCUGUUCCCUCAGGCUAUGAGGUCUGCAAGCCAGGCACACGCUCUACCUUGGUCUCUACUAGAUGUUCAGGCACAGUAUGGCCUGGGAUCUAGGAAGUUCCACUUGGAGGCUGGUCUGGCCCCAGACUGGGGAUGAGGAGCACAUAAUUCAAUAAGGCACAGUUUUUCCCCCCAAGAGCUCACUGUGCACAGGGGAGAUUGAGCCCCAGUGUGGAAGCGGUGAAGCAUACAAAUAUCGUAUGAAAGUGGGAGCAAGGGGCCCUCUGCCUGCGUAGGGCUUCCUAGAGGAGGUAGGAUCAAUUCCAGCUGGGUCUCAACAGGUAGAAAAAGGAAGGAAAGGAAAUCAGUCCAAGGGAUCAAGAUAUGUAGUGGCAAAGAGGUGUGACAACUCCUUGGGCCUGGGUGGGUGGGUGAGAGGUGAGCCCAGCUGGAGCAAAGGGCGACAAGGAGGGGCAGCAGGAGAUGAGCCGGGUCAGGGAGAAGAGUGUUUCCCCAAGAGCACAGACUGACGCCUGCGGGCAGCAGGGAGCAGGCGGAGCUGCUGAGUGAUGUGCUCGGCUCCGUGUUAGAAAGACCCCCUCUGGGGCCAGUGGGGCUGCCCCCUUUCCUUUCAUCAGACACUGUGAAAACCUUCCCUUAAGCUUUUUAAUACCACAUCUAUUUGUCUGUCUGCUCAUUAUUUUGUUGCUGGAACAUAAUAUGCAGUGGAUCAUGAGACUCCGCUCUUGUGAGAAACUCAGGGUCUCUGCUCUCCCAUGGGGCAGGGUGACCAAUGUAGGCCCAUCAGGAUGGGACAUGAAAGAAGCCCACAGAAACUGUCCCCGUUGGCAUGGGCUCUGGGGCUGUCUGGAAGUCCAGGGACACCAGACGUGAUCAAGGGUUCCAAAGGAAGCAUCUCAAGGAGAAGGAAGGCAAAGGAGCUCCCCAGUGGACUCACGCUUCUUUGAUGGGUCCUUUCCCGGGUGCGCUUGAGCAGGUCCCCAGGCCCAGCUCCCACUGGCCGUGCCGGCUUCCCCUGGCCCCAGCCCACUGCUCCAGCCAGCCCUCACAGCCUUCAAGGAACCCGUAGCAGAGCAAAUUGAAUGCUCUUUGCUCAGAUCCUGCCUCAUCCAUGCGGAAUGGGGGAUUUAUUCUGCUCUGGAAGGGUGACAGAGCUGGCAGAUAAAAACGACACUGGCUUCUAUCAUUUCAAAUGGUAGGAAUUUAAAAUGUGACUUUAGGGAGAAGAGAAACUGUAAAAACUCGGGCCAUGGCGGGGUAACCAACCCAGCAAGGCCCAGUGAUGGUCCCCCAGUUCAGCCCCCAUUUCCUCAAAACCCAGCUGCUCCCCAAAGAAGGCAGGGCAGUGAGCAGGUCUCAGGCCAGUUUACGGAGGAAGAAGUUAAGGCUCAUGAUGGGAGUUUCUUUCCUAAGACCCCCAUCGCGUGCGUGUCGCAGGGCAUGUGGAUGGGAUGGGGGCACUGAUGCUCUGGAAUUAGGACUUGAUCCAUUCCCUGAGAAAUAAGAGCAAACACUUGUACCCCCACUGUACCCCCCGCCCCGACACCACUCCACUUAGAGGAUGGGCUACCUUUUACAAUUCAGAGGAAAAUAGUAUCAAUCUCUGAGCCUCCACAUCAAGAGCUAGCCUCUGGUCUCUGAGGAGCCAAGGGGAGUGCCCCCACAUAGUAUAGAGCCCCACGGCUACCUCCUAGGUAUGGACCCUGUUUGGAGAUGUGAGAAGGAAGCCCGGAGCUCUCCCCAAGCUGCAUGCAUGUGUGGCCUACAUGGCUCUAGGAAAGAUCUUGGCUGUGCCUCAACAGUGUGUCCUUUCACCCUUUCUGGGCCUCACAUGACCACAGCAGAGGGAUCAGAUGGCUUUCAGUGCUGUCCUCUCUCUGGGUGUGGGAGCAGUGGCCUGCCAACUGUGAGCCUUCACAGGAAACAGCAGGCCCUGUGCUGGGGACUCUUAACAAGUGAGCUCACUGAAUUCCCCCAACAUCUCUAAUAUGUGUUUUUAAUUGUCACAACUUUACAGAUGAGGAAACUGAGGCUCAGAGAGGAAAAGUCACUUGCCCACAGUUCCCCAGUUAGUGAACAGGGGGAGCCAGGAAUUAAAUUGACCCUUCUGACUUCAAAGACAAUAUUUUUCCUCCAUUAUGUCUCAGGUUUUCCCAUGGGUCUACCCAUAAUAACAAAGACUGUGGUGAAACAGAUAACCCAAUGGAUUUUGUAAAGCCCAAAGCAGACAAGCUUAAAAUCCCUCCACAGUUUGUUUUACUUUAACAAUUCAUGCGAUACUUGCCUUCCACUCUAAUUUGCCUGAUUUACUAGGACUCUGUUUUUAAAAUGAUGUACCCUGGUCCUUCAUGUGGCUUUGGUCCCCUCAACUCCCUAUGAUGGACCCCAGGGAACCAUAUCCCAGUCUGAGAGGCACCAUGUCUGGCCAUGCUGCUUCCUUCCUCCUGAGGCUAAUUCCAGGCUCAAGACCAGCUCAGUUUCCACUAGGCAGAUCCUUUGGUGUGGGGGUACUGUGACCUCACCGUUCAUGGGUUGACCUCAAAUAGUUUCUUCCAGUUAGAUGCUGGAAAGAACCCACUGGCAUAUCCCAGAAUGAUGAGGAUGUGCCCAUGUGGCAUAGUGAAGGGUGAACCAUAAUAUUCUAAAGGGAAAGGAUAAGAUGUACACAGCCUUUCUCAGCAGAUUCCCGAAGGCCGGGACUUACAGAAGGUGUGAUGUACUUUGUCCAGGUAGAGUCACAUGGUUGCUAAUAUGAGCAAAUCUAGGGACAUGAUUCACAUGAGGGGUUGGGGUCUGGAAGGCUUCUUACUUUACUUCAACCACACAUACUUAGCUCCUGCCACAUGCCAGGGCCCUGGAAGGGGCACUGCCAGGAAGCACAAGUUAUUUUGGGACAGCUCAUCUCUUGGUGAGGCAUGGGGCAGCAGUGCAAAGAGCUUAGUCUCUGGUUCAAAUCACAGCCCGGCCAUUUCUUAGCUGUAAAAUGUUGGGCCAACCAAUUAAUGAGAAAAGAUGUGAAGAAGAAAAAAAAAGGAGACUCCGCCAAGGAGAAGGCACAGAUUUGGAGAGCUUUGGGCAGGAAAAUAGGAAGGCAGGGCCAAGAAGUUGGGACCCAACAGAUACACUCAAGUAUGCACAUGAACUACAGGGCAAAGUGGUCAUUUUAGUGGCCCAGCAGGACAGGGGACAAGGAGGGGCAGCCAGAACCACUGGGAACAAAGGUGUCACUUUAGAAUAAGUUUCAGUGUCUUGGAGAAAAGAUUAUAAUUUUCCUUCUGACCAACCAAAUCAAGUCUAUCCAUCCUCUGCUCCCUGUUGGUCCUCGCCAGGGUCCACAUAUCCUCAGCUCUGGCAUGAAUCCCUGUUGUGUGCAUAGAGGUGUCAGUCUACUUAGGCUGCUGCAGACCACAGAAGGGAGGCCCAGGGAAGGAAAGACUGGCAGGUACCAUGUCAUCUCAGCAGGAGUAACUGUCCAACCCUAACCAGAGACACUGAAGGAGAUGAUAAUUCCCCUCCGCCUCACUGCCUUAGAACAGAAUGAAGAAAGCCACCGUCCUUUUGCCUGUGUGUGGCCACUCCUGAGCUAAAAAGACAGGCCAUCAGCACCCAGCUAAGUCAGGAGGAGUGCUGUGGCAAACAUGAAUAAGCCCAGAAGUAAGAAGAGCAGGAUGCUAACAGACUGUGCUGGGCCAGAUCUCUGGGGUAAUCAGCACCCACAAUGGUAGACCCUAAGUCUGGCAUCCUAGCUAUCUAAGAACUUGGUGGGUGGUCCAUAGGGGCUCAUACAAGGGAUGUGAGAGGAUUCAGGAUGAAAGAGGCUAUAGGUAAGACCCCUUUGGGGCUGGAUCACCAUGUAACCUUCUGGAUCUGAGAGGUGCUCUGGAUAAUGGGAUUUGGACCCUGAUUCUUGGUUGGAAUGUUCAGAGAAUGAGCAUCUGGGGGCAGUAGAGCAUUAGACAGGAAGCUAUUGGUGUGAAGGCCUGGAGCUCAGAGUACUUGAUGUAAUUCAUGGUUCCUUGGUGAGUGGAAUUCUUAGGUUUGGGGGAGGAGGGGGAAUGUGAGGUAACCUGUGAGCAGCACAAAACUGGGUGAGCAUACCUCAGUGCAUUUGAACUUGUGAGUCCAGCUCCAUAGGUCUCCCAUGAGAUGGUCUGACAGACUCACCAUGCUCCACCUCUCCCAUGGAAGAUUAAUGAUGGAAGAUGUUCUUUGGGUCAAAGCACCGGGGCAGUCCAGAGGCUCUGAGGGCCAAGUGGUGUCAUUCCAGGUCAAAUAAAACGUCCCAAGGGUCAGGCAGAAUGCUAGUGCCCAUAUGCUCCAUAGGCAUGUAGAUCAUUGGAGAAAUUCAAGCACAGUUUUCGUGUCCCAGGUCACUCCUAUGAGUGGAAGUAGGACCACUAGGUGAAGCCUGAUGACUAUAAGGAAGAAUUUGCUGUAUGCCAGAGGAUAAGGGGCCCAUAUCAGCAGUGGUCCAGCAGAGCCAGACAUCUCUUUAAAGGGAAUAAAGAGCAUUGCUGAGGUGACCUUUAACUUUCUUCCACCCUGGAUGACUGAUAUUUAAUGCAGCUGGGACCAUAUUUGAGCUCCUUCAUUUAUACAGAGCACAAGACCAAGGCUGGGUUUGGUUUGUGCAGGUUAAAAUUUCCUGCUCUCCUGCCCAAGUCUUCCCACCGUCCAGGCCAAGAUGCUGCUCUGGCCCCAUUGCCAGGGCUAAUCCAGGCUGGUUAUCACCAGAAUAUCUAGAGAGAAUAGAUGCUUUGCCAUAGACCCACUUGCCAGCAAGGCCACCAGUGGUAGCCAGAACCAGUAAAGGUCCAAGGAGGACCCAGAGCAGGGCUUUGUUCCCCACACACUUUGUCUCCAGAGGUUACUUCUACCCCACUCCCAACUCGAGGCCUGUUGGAGCAGACCGCAUAAUGCAAAAGCACAGUGACUCUGUUGGCACAUAAUUGUAAUCAUCUCCAAAGCAUCCAUUUCAUUGCCAAGUGGAUCCUGGGCUAGCCCAAAUUAACCCAGGCUAAUCCAUGUUGGCAAUCAAACUCAAAAGCACUUUUCUACCCUCUGUUUUCACCCUAAAUCAACUAGCCAACAAAAGGCAAGGAGUCAGGGCUUCUACCAUUGCCCUGGCUACUGGACACCAUCAUAGCCCUCUAAGGGUCAUCAUGGGGUUCCCACACGACUCUAGGGAGACUGACAUCCUCACAUCCACUGGGCAUAUGAUAUUGCAUGAGACCAAAGUCUCCACACUGUUUGCAGCCUCCUCCGUGAAUCCCAAUGGCCUGCACUUGUACAGUUUGGGUGUUUGAUAGAUAAAGCACGUAUGAGAAGCGAAAACAAAAUAAAUCAACUUUUUUAAAAAGCCAGCACUGUGCUGUCAAUGUUCUUUUUUUUUUUCUUUUCCUUUCCAAUUCUAGCUUAAAAAACCAGAAGGUAAAUAAUGUCAGGUCAAUGAAUAUCAGAUAUAUUUUUUGACUGUACAUUACAGUGAAGUGUAAUCUUUUUACACCUGCAAGUCCAUCUUAUUUAUUCUUGUAAAUGUUCCUGACAAUGUUUGUAAUAUGGCUGUGUUGAAAAUCUAUACAAUAAAGCUGUGACCCUGAGAUUCAUGUUUUCCUAA